UGACUAAGUCAAACUAAUGGGCAAGGAACAGAACAGUCUCACACCAAUCAGCUUCACUCAUUUCAUCAAACACUUUCCACCCUUAUCACACUUGGCUUUCCCACAGCAAUUCCAGAGCUGUUCUCAGCAUCCCCACUUCUAUAUACUCUUCGCGCCUCACCUUCGUCUCUCAUUCCAAAGGGAAUCUCCCUUUUCCACUCCCCAGCCAUGGCCAAGCCUCCCUUUCUCCCUUUCCUCCUCUUUGUAGCCUCAGCUUUGCUGAGCACUUCUUGCAGUGCCGCGCCGAGGAAGAAAGUGGCCUUCUAUGAGCUGAAGAAGGGCGAUUUCUCUGUGAAGGUGACCAACUGGGGUGCCAUCAUCACCUCCGUCGUUCUUCCCGAUUCAAAAGGAAACCUGGGGGAUGUUGUUCUUGGGUAUGAUGGGCUUGGUCCAUAUAUUAACAAUUCAGCUAAUUUUGGGGCAGUAGUUGGACGAGUUGCUAACAGGAUAUCGGGUGCACGAUUUGUUCUAAAUGGAAAGGUAUACAGAUUGUCUAAAAACAGUGGAAACAACACACUUCAUGGUGGGCACAGAGGGUUCAGUCAUGUCAUUUGGACUGUAAAGGAGAAAGUUGACGGAGAAUUCCCUUACAUCACAUUAUACUACCAUAGUUUUGAUGGGGAACAAGGUUUCCCUGGUGCUCUUGAUGUGUUUGUUACCUACAAGAUAUCAGCACCAUAUGAACUGAGCAUAGCCAUGUGUGCCAAGUCCCUAAACAAGGCAACACCAGUGAACUUGGCACAGCACAGCUACUGGAACCUCGGAGGCCAUGGCAGUGGCACAAUCCUCUCGAACAUGGUCCAAAUUUUUUCAUCCAAGAUCACGCCUGUCGAUGCGAAUCUCAUCCCAAUCGGUACCAUCGUGCCAGUUUCUGGCACACCAUACGAUUUCCUCAAGCCCACAACCGUCGGCAGCCGCAUCGACAAGCUAUCAGGUGGCUACGACAUCAACUACGUCCUGGAUCAGCCGAUAGGCAGCAACGGCAUGAGGAAGGUCGCGGUCGUGAAGGAUGGCGACGGUUCAGGAAGGGCUUUCGAGCUGUGGGCGAACCAGCCGGGUGUGCAGUUCUACACUGGGAACUUUCUGAAUAAUGUCAAAGGGAAGGGAGGCCAAAUCUAUGGCAAACAUGCUGGAUUGUGCUUAGAGACACAAGGCUUUCCUGACUCUGUGAACCACCCCAACUUCCCAUCCCAGAUUGUGAACCCUGGGAAGGAUUACAAACACAAUAUGUUGUUCAAGUUCUCGUUCUAAUUAGCCGCUGCAAAUGCCAGCAUUAUGCAUGGUUUGAAAUUAAAAAAAAAAAAAAAAAUCAUCGACCUCUUUUUCCUUUUUCUUU